AGCCGACAGAGGAAAAUGGGUCUGUUCUUGCUCCUUCCAAUGGAGUAAAAAAGAUUGAGGAAUUUUUAUAUGGGUUGGUUCCAAAUCGUCAAACUGGUGGACUCUGUCUUUGUUUGUGGCUGAUCAUCACCAUAGAUAUGGCUUUGCAUCUUCAAGUUGCUUAUUGUUCUUGUAUCCUUAUUGGUUUACUCUUUAUAAUGGUUGCAGAACAAGGUGCUGCUAGGAAAUUAAAAGAUGGGUAUGAACAAGACAAUGAACAGUUUGUGAAUCUGAAGAUUAAUGAUCAAAUAGAUACUCAUUUGGAGAAUUUGGAUCCUUUAUUAUAUGUUUUCUUCUCCUUAAGUGAUAUCACAGUUGGAAAAAAGUUGCCUAUUUACUUCCCUUACUCAAAGCCUUCUGAAACCCCAAAAUUAUUACCUAAAGAAGAAACUGAUUCCAUUCCUUUCUCUACAUCACAACUUGAAUAUCUUCUAAAUCUCUUCUCUUUUCCAAAGGGCUCUCCCCAAGCCAAAGCUGUUGAGUAUACUCUUAAACAGUGUGAGCUUGAAUCCAUCAAAGGAGAGACCAAAUUCUGUGCCAAUUCUUUAGAAUCAUUGCUUGAUUUUGCUACACAAAUGUUGGGAGGUGAUACCCAUUUGAAAGUUUUGACAACCACUCGUCUCUCCAACUCUACUAUUCUCCUUCAAAACUAUACGAUCUUGGAGGAACCCAGAGAAACUUUGGCUCCUAAAAUGGUGGCUUGUCAUAGCAUGCCUUACCCUUAUGCUGUUUUUUACUGCCAUUGUCAGGAGAGUAAGAACAGGUUGUUUGAGAUUUUACUGGGGGAUGAAAAUGGAGAUAGAGUUAAAGCUAGUGCCAUUUGCCAUAUGGAUACCUCUCAGUGGGACAAAGAUCAUGCCUCUUUUAAGGUUCUGAAAACAAAACCAGGAGCUUCUCAUGUCUGCCAUUUUGUUUCUACUGAUAGUCUGGUUUGGUUAGCUGCCUAAACCUAUAGAUAGUUUACUGGCUGUUUGUAAGUGCUAUUGUGUUGUACGUGAAGAUUGCUCUAUGAAUUGUUUUGGUGUGCUGGUGUAUUCACGAUA